GCUAAUACAGUGGGACAGAUGAAAUGUGCAGGAGAAACGUUUGUUUCUGCUUUUUUAAUACAAGACACUGCACCAGCACUUUAAAGAUCAUCUCUAGACUGGAGAUAUAUUUUCUCAUUGCUGUUAUUUUCUCCCUAAAUUUUGAACUCUAUUUAUGCACAUGUGCCCGCGCUGAAUAUGAGAUGGAGGAUGGAGAGUGUUGUCCCAUGUGUGCACCGGGAAAUCGUGUUUAUAGACACUGCACUGAGGAUACAAGCACUACAUGUGUUCCAUGUUUUGAUUCAACUUUCAUUGAUGCACCAAAUGGACUCAGAGAAUGCUUUCACUGUACAGUGUGUGAUCCUGGUCGGGGUUUAAGAGUAAAGACUGCCUGUACUCGAUCAUCAGAUACAGUCUGUGAGCCAUUAGAUGGAUAUUACUGUACUAAUGAACACAGUGGCAGCUGUAUACUAGCACAGAAACACACAAAGUGCAACCCUGGACAAUAUAUAAAGUACAGAGGAACAGCAUUUAAAGAUACUGAACGUGCUGAAUGUGCAGAUGGUACCUUCUCAAAUGGCUCUCUUCAUAUUUGUCAACCUCAUUCAAAAUGUGAAGAUCUGGGACUUACAGAAAUAAAGGCAGGAACACUUUCUACUGAUGCUGAGUGUGGAAAUAAAACUCCAGCUGGUCUCAUAGCUGGAAUCAUAGUACAAGUUGUUGUGAUAAUAGCAGUGGCAGUUAUCAUCAAAGACAACACCGAACACAAAGACACCUGUCGUGACAACAGGAAGGGACUUGGAAAGUGA